AUUUUUGAUAACGGAAAUGCGAAACCAGUUACAAAGUACCGCGUCAGUAACGGGCAUCAACCAAAACCGUUCAGAUCAAACGAGAUUUCUCGAGAUUUCUCGGCAGUCUUGACACUCCUGGGCACUGAAGUCAAAGAAUGUAUAUAAUAGAUCAAUUCAAGCCACUCCCAUCUUCCUUCCCCAAAACAUUUAUCUACCUAUUCACGCAAGUUCCACAACGCCUCCACAACCAAACGCCCAUCAAAAUACAAAAUCAGCCCUCCUUCAUUUUCACUUCCAAUCCAUUCAAUAUGAAGAUCUUCAACGUCCUCUUCUUCCUUACCUUCGCCUAUAUUGGCCUCGCCUCUCCUCGCGAUGAAACAUUCGGUGGCAUGGUACCCGUAGCCUGCGUUCGCGAAGAUUGUGACAAGAAAUGUGGCGGCGCAGAUGUUAGUAAAUCUACUUUUCUCCUUGCUCCCUAUCCCAAGGUUUCUGUUAGAUACUGAUUUUUUUGCCUAUCGCAGAAAGUAAAGACAUUCACGUGCUUGAGUGGUGUAGUCACUUGCGAGUGCAAAUAAUGAUCAUCCAAAGCCGGAUAUUGCAUGUGGGUUGGGGGCGACAAGAGUCAUAUAUGCUGGACAAGAAUGA